CUUUGAUUAUUUGUCAGUUUUUUUUUGAUUUGGUAAAUAAAUAGUAGUAAAAAAAUAUGAAAGUGUUGUGCCAAGCUGUUAUACUUCUUGGUUUGUUUAAGCUACUGACUUCAAUAAAAUUGACGACAAUAAAUAACACAAUGUGUGUAGACUGUUCGAAGGACGGCCAAGUUGAAUGCAUAAUUGAAGAAACAGGAUUUGAAUGUUUUAACGAACACGUGGAGAAGAAACUUAAGUAUUACCCUGUAAGGGCAAAGCCUCCAAGUACCGAAGAUUUGGAUGUCUGCAUUCCAAAGGAUUUGAAGAUUCGUUGCAUUGAUGAGAGCACCUUUCUGAAAGUCAUCGUAUGGUCCCCUGAACUUGGAUGUCAAAUAGUACACAGAGAGUACCCAAAUAGGGAUACGUGUUUCACUGCCAGUCUUUUCUGUCCUUGUCUGAAGGACGAAAAGGGAUCCGGAAAAGUACGGUCCACCAAUAGUUUGCUACUUGUUAUAACCUUGUGCUUAGUGCAACUUCAGCGCGAGGAGACCGAAGCCGAGAGGUUAGAGAGGGAGGAGUACGAGAAUUAUCAGAACGAAAACGCCCACUACUCGUUCAAUUCCAAAGUGGAUGAUAACAUCAACGACGGACAAAUCGCGCGUACCGAGGAGCGCGAAGGAGGCACUGUUCGUGGUUCCUACAGCUACUUCGAUGGCUUUGUGAAACGCCGUGUUGAAUACAUCGCCGAUAAGGAUGGCUACAGGGUGCUCAAGGACGAGAUGGAGGAUGCCGGCACUGGCCCAAAGUUCAACCCCGAUGGCACCGCCAUCGUGGAGGGAUCUCUGAUUGGCAAAUAUCAAAUCAAGCUGGACAAGACCGAAGACGAGAAGCACUACAAGGACGUCCAUGCCUAGGGGAAAAUGAGCUGAGGAUUUCUAACAUUUAGAAAAGAACUGAAUACUUUGUAGACCCCUAGAGUAGAGUAAAACACCAUCUGAACAAAAAUUGUA